AUGGGGGCAACCAUCAUUGAUUGUGCCAUCCUCAAAACACGCUUCGUCAAUGCCACCGUAAACGUCAUCUCCACAUAUGCUGAUGAGUUCCCACCAAUGAUCAGACUCAUCAAACAACAUCCGGCUCCAACAUACCUAUUUCCAGCGAUAUCGACUAAGGAGAGAAUUGGUUGGAACAUCACAAUUGAGGACCAUAUGAAUGGUUUCGAACGUGGAUACAUCAAUGUAACAAGUAACGUCGAUUAUACAGUUCGCCAAAUAUGGUUCUAUUUGGCUGACAGAUUGCCAGGAUCAAACGCAACCGUUGGUGAAUACCAUGUCACUUUUGAUAUCUACAACUACACCCGAUCACAGAGAUUUACUAUUCAAGACAUCCAACUUUUUGACUCAUCACAGAACACUGCCACAAUGACCAGUGGAACAGGUCAAGUGUCCAUGACCAUCUCGCCCACGGCCUACAUCAACGAUGAUCCACACAGUUCAGUCUACUCCAUCAAGCUUAAUGCAGCCGGCACCGACUUGCUCCCUCCAUCGAUCAUCAGUCUGGAUGUGGUAACGACUUCAAUCAAUGUUGGAUCAAUCAAUCGUAAUGUGACAAUUCGAUUCACAGUGAAUGUGACAAGUGGUGUUGGUUAUGACAUGGAUCGAAUGCCCAUGGUCUACUUGACCGGCCAUGUCUUUGAGAUCUUCACAAUGAAGUCCAAGCAUAUUGGCAACAUGGAAUUUGAAGCCUCUGGAUACCUUCCAUACGGCUUUGGCGCCACUCAUGGCAAGGUAUUGGUCAGCAUCUAUGGUUUGAUGGACCUCAGCUCAAACUACAUUGGAUACACCAAUCGUGACCUCGUCUCAUUGGCCCUUGGCACGCCCACCGAUAUAACCAUCACCUUUGAUCACACCAUACCAAUCAUUGAGAAUGUUGCGUUGGGUGAUGGAACAAUCACUGUCUAUGGUCGCAACUUUGGAACUGAUCCAAACAAACUCGAAGGAUACUUUAACUCCACAACAGCACCCAAAGCUUCGUUCCACUCGGGCAUCAUGCUGGUCUUCCCCUUCACUCAGACCAACUCAUCAUUGUCCAUGUCCAUUCAGGUCAGCUACAACAAUCAGUCAUCCAAUCAAAUGGGCGUGGAAGUCUAUGUGCAGGCACCAGUCACACCACCACCAGGCACGCCACCACCAGUCACACCCAAUGUCACAGUCACCUGUCCUGCCGCUGGUUGUUCCCAUGGAGGCGUGUGCUCUCCAACUCUAGGAUGUGUGUGCACACCUGGUUGGUACGGAGAAGGAUGUGACUCGGAGGCUGUCCCCAAUAUCCCAACAACGUUACCCGGCUCGCCAACAACAGUCUACACUUAUGAUGAUCCCGCCACUGGACAACUUUACGGUGACAUCAAUGUGAUCAAGGUCCGCGAGCUGGACAAUGAUGGCCAGAUACACGCCACAUAUGAUCUCACUAAAUGGAACAUGACCAACACAUCCCCUCUGAUCACAGAGUAUCGUACAUUGUUUGCCAAUGACACUGCAUCAAUCAAGGUCACGAUCACAUGGUUCAACGAGUCACGCGAUGUCAAGUUCGCAGGAGAAGUCAUGUCCAUGUCACCUUCCACGAUCAAGUACACCAUCGAGGUAGAGCGCUACACAUUCAACUCCAAGCUCAACUCCAUUCAGGUGGUCAUGGCGGCAUCGAUCAACAUCACAGACCUCAGCUCAUGCUCGACGCGACAGUAUGGCUACGCCGAUGGCAGCAUGCCCAGUGUGUACUGGAUGCGUGUCAAGGUCCAGAAGUACAGUCUGUACGGACGAUUCAUUCAGAAGGCGCUGGUCGAUGGCAGGGCCGCCAUCGUCACCAACACACUGCUCAACGAGUCGUUGCAGGCGCCAGACGCUCAUUCAUCGCAGACGAUCAUCGCUAUCAAUGUCCAACACUUUGAUGACAAGGUCAUCAUGGAUCCUGACUUCCACCUGUUGAUCGAUACAUCUGACGCCAAGGAUUCUACGUCGUCAGAUCGAACCUGUCCAGGUGGGAGCAAUGGCGUCAAACUAUCACCAUUGGCCAUUGCUGGAAUUGUAGUUCUAUGUGUUGCUGUAGUCAUUGGGCUGGGAGUGGCCAUUGCAUUGAGGCAUAAGAUGGUGAUGCGCAGUCGAAGGGAAACACUCAGAGUGCGCUCUAAGAUGGCAGAGUUGGUAGAGAUGAAUAAAAAAUAG